AACAGAAAAAUCGAACAGCAUGGCAUUUAACCAAACAUCUCAACGGGCAGAAAAGAACCCAGAAAAGCUUCAACUUCCAGCAGUGGUGGAAGGCUGCCAUACUGCAGAGAGACUCCCAAUGUCAGACAAGAAACAUAUCCCUCCCGUAGUAGCGCCUAUCGGCUGCUCAAAGAUCAAGUCUUUCCUCUCCCUUUGCCGUUCUCUUUCCCAUCCCCAACCAUGCCCUCAACCCAAACCCUCUUUGCAGGUCAUUUCUCAAAAAGAGACCACCUCUAACUCUAUCUCAGCUCCUCUAAUUACAAAUUUUUCUGGAGAUCGUGAAGCAGCUGUUCUAGCCUACUGGAGAAGAGCUAGAGAACUUGAACAAGAACUUCGUAGGAUAGACAAGUGGCUGGACAUGGAGAAAAGACAAAGAGAACACCUCCACUCUAUGACAGGAAAAGCACAAGAAUAUCUUGGCACAGAGCUGAUGAAGCUAUCAGAUGGGAGUUACCUUCAUGAAAUCAAGAGAUUGGGCAGGCCAUGGGGAAGAUUAGUCAUGCAAUUCUCUGUGCCUGCAAUUGCUGAGAAUGCCACAACUGCUACUGAGGUACUAUGUCGAAUGGCAUCAAUGAAAGUGGAGGAUUUGCUCAAUAGCCUGUUUGAAUCAAUGCCAAUGGCCAAUAUAACUGGCUGCAGGACAGGCGAACGCAAAGGCAAGCCUGUUUUAGUGGGUCCUGAAAAUGGUUUCUUGGAGGCCAUUCUUCUGGAUGCAAUGGAGAAGAUGGAAGGAUUGGUUUUAGAAGGCUUGAGGAUACAGAUGGGACCGAGUAUAAAAGCCAAUGUUAAGGGGAGUAAAGGGAAGGAAAUAAGCAGGCAGUGUCUUAUUCUGCUGAUGUUGAUUCAGGUCAGAGAUCCAAAGGAAGAUAAUGGGGCCGUUGGGGAGUUUAUGAUUGGACUCAUUGAGGCAUCAGCUGCAGAGGUGUCUGGCAGAAGAUUUCAUAUUCAUGGGGUACACAUAGCUGGAAUGAAGUAUAUGAAAAGGACCAGUGGAAAAGAUUUCAUCUGGAGUGUUUCAGCAGAAAGAUGCAAGGGGAACUGUAACAGCUGCUGCUGGCAUGUAAGGAAUCCAGACAUAGUUUUUGCACAAGAGAGGUAAGAGUUAUUUAUUAUUUUUGUAAUGAUAUAUCAGAAUAAGUUUGCUUUGUUCAAAGAAACAGGAUACCAGCUGAUAUAUUGUAAUAAGUUUUUGUCUCAACCCAUUAAUUUCAGUUUAUGUUGUCAAUGGAUUUUUUAGUUUUUAAUAAGCAAUUGAGAACAUUAGUACAACCAAAAUUUGAUGGUGAAAUUAGUUGAUAUCUGAUUCUUAAUUCAAUUGCAUGGAAGAAAAGGCCUAACAUGAUACAGGGUAUGACUGUAAGAAGUGUGAUAUUAGAAGAGGACAUGUAAAGGUAAAACAGCAACACAGAGACACAUUUAGUCCUGUACAAAAACUUUCAAGCAGUUAUGAAGUAAAAUAAUCUGUGCAAAAGAAGCUCUUAUAAGAUAAGCAGUCAUGUCCAUUAAGUUGAAAACACGAGCAAAGUAAUGAUAAAAUCCUUGUUAGAAGGGCUAGAUGUUUAUUGGAAAUUAUGUCAAAGGACAAAAGAAAAUGAAAGCCUAAUACAUCCGGCAAAAUUCUUCAAGUAGAAUAAAGAAAAAACUUCACUACAUAUAGGAGAAUUUUGCAGAUCAAUUGGCAACAGAAUCAAACUUGAUAUACAACUAGAGUUCCAAGAGUAUGAAGAUUACUAUGAUCUUAGAACAAUGGGACAUAUGAGUUUAGCACGAUAAAGGAGUAAUAAAUUUGGUUAGCUAUCCUCAUAUUAUUGUAGGCCUCCAGACCACGUCCCAACUCCAAAGUAGAUGAUAUUAUAAUCAAGAGCCCAGUAGAUUUGUAGAUAUCAUGGAGUGAACUAAUUCAGAAAUAUUAUAACAUGAUCCAAAUAAUGACUGGCUUAAACUGCUGAAGAACCACUUU